AUGGCCUCGUCGCGUAUCUUCGUUCGCGGCUUGCCCCCAACGCUGACCGACGAAGAGUUCAAGAAGCAUUUCUCCAGCCUAUCUGCCACGACCGACACAAAGCUGUUUCAGCAACGCCGAAUCGGCUAUGUCGGGUACCGGACGCCGGAAGAGGCCGCCAAGGCAGUCAAGUACUUCAAUCGGACCUUCAUCCGCAUGUCGAAAAUACACGUAGAGUCAGCACGACCUAUAAGCGAGAGUAAUCCACGAGCUCGCGUCCAGAAUCCAGCCCACGCUUCGACAGACUCCGACAUCCGCAAACAUUCCCACGACGAUGUCAACGCAAAUCCAUUGAAACGCAAGCGAGGCGAGGUCAAAGGUUCUACAGAGGAUCCCAAACUCCAAGAGUUCCUGGAAGUCAUGCAGCGCCCUUCCAAACCCAAGAACAUCCUCGGCGGAAGCAGCAACGUUGAUGACGUACCCGAAGCUGCUCCCAAAAUAGCCGGAGAGGAGGCUGAGAGUGACGACGAGUAUCAGGAAGUGCGCAAGAAGAGCAAGGGUAAUGAUAUUUCGCCAGCAAAUCACCAACAUUCUCUGGACAAGGGCCGCACUGCGUCAAACAAUGAACCUCCCAUAGAGCAAAUCUCGCCCCCGGAAGAUGUUGAUAUGACUCGCGUGGAAAGUGUUGCACCACCUGCUACUGAUGCAGACUGGCUUAGAUCAAGGACGAGUCGCUUGCUGGACAUUGAAAGUGACGAAGAUGACGCACCUACCGAGUCCCGUCCUGUGGUGUCUCAUUCUGACUCGGCUGAAGAAGAUUCAAGGACGAGUAGGGUUGCUCAAGAUACCACCCAAAACGAUGACGAGUCUCGUGAGACGGCGGAAGAAGCAGCUCAAGCCGAAGAGGAAGUAGCCGAGCCGCCCCAGCAUGCAGGCGGACGGCUAUUCAUUCGCAACUUGCCAUACGAUUCUACGGAGGACAGUUUACAAAAACAUUUCGAGCCUUAUGGCCGGAUUGACGAGGUACACGUACCGGUCAGUAAGAAGACUGGCAGCAGCAAAGGUUUUGCGUACAUCCAGUAUGUGGAUGCCGAAAGUGCAUCGAAAGCACUGGAAGAGCUUGAUGGCACCACGUUUGCAGGUCGCCUACUUCACAUUUUACCCGCGGCUGCAAAAAAGGAGACCAAGUUGGACGAAUUCGCGCUGUCCAAGCUACCCCUGAAAAAGCAACAGCAGAUUAGAAGAAAAGCAGAUGCGUCAACGUCAACGUUCAACUGGAACUCUUUAUAUAUGAAUACAGAUGCAGUGCUAUCGUCUGUUGCAGACAGGCUCGGCCUCGAUAAAUCCGAGGUGCUAGAUCCAACCUCCUCUGAUGCUGCCAUCAAGCAGGCUCACGCGGAAACUCACGUCAUCAACGAGACGAAAUCUUACUUUGCCGAGAACGGUGUCGAUUUAGAGGCAUUCCGUAAACGUGAGAGAGGAGAUACUGCUAUCCUGGUCAAGAAUUUCCCUUAUGACACGAAAAGAGACGAGCUGAAGGACUUGUUCGAACAAUAUGGUACAGUCACCCGUCUACUCAUACCUCCAACAGGCACGAUAGCUGUCGUUCAGUACGCUCAACCAACAGAGGCUCGGACAGCGUUCGGCAGUCUUGCGUAUCGCAAAUUCCGAGACUCUGUGCUCUUCCUUGAGAAGGCGCCAAAAGAUUUGUUCACGACCGCGACUGGCCCCACCAAGGCUAUCACUUCGCGAGACGCCAUCUCCUCCGCAAAAGACCCGAAGCUUUCUGCCGCGGACUUGCUCCAAAAGGAUCAAAAUGUCGAGGUCGUAGAUACGUCAACGCUGUUCGUUCGGAACUUGAGCUUUGCCACCUCCGGCCAGAAGCUUACACAGGUGUUCAAGCCGCUCGACGGUUUCGUUUCUGCGACCGUGAAGACCAAGGUCAAUCCCAAAAACCCAAGCGAGAAGCUCAGUAUGGGCUUUGGCUUCCUGGAAUUCCGCUCGAAAGAACAAGCCCAAGCCGCUGCCUCGGCGAUGAAUGGAUACGAGCUUGACGGGCACCGACUCUUGCUCCGGGCUUCACACAAGGGACUCGAUGCAGCCGAGGAGCGACGCCGAGAAGACAAAGCUAAAAGAGCUGCCAGCAAAAGCACAAAGAUCAUCAUCAAGAAUCUUCCCUUCGAGACGAACAAGAAGGAUGUACGUACUCUAUUCGGAGCGUACGGACAACUACGGUCGGUUCGCGUGCCAAAGAAAUUCGACAACUCGACGCGAGGCUUUGCUUUUGCAGAAUUCACCACACCCAGAGAAGCAGAGAAUGCACUGGAAGCACUUCGCAACACCCACAUUCUCGGCAGAAAACUGGUCUUGGAGUUUGCUACCCAAGCCGCUGAAGAUGCAGAGGAAGAGCUCGAGCGAAUGCAGAAGAAGGUCGGGUCACAGGUCAACAAAGUGGCUCUCCAGAAUCUGACCGGCGCUGGGAGAAAGAAAUUUAAUGUCGCAGGUGACGACGGCGAGGAGUAG